AAGGAAACACGCUCCGUCUUUUACCAUGGUCUGACCAACUAUCGCCAAUUUGCUUACCCGGACGAUGAGUUGCGACCACUCUCGUGCUCCCCCUUGACACGCGACCGUGCCAAUCCUGCUCACAUCGAGGUCAAUGAUGUCCUAGGCAAUUACUCGCUUUCCGUUGUAGACAGUCUAUCUACUCUUGCCAUUCUCGCUUCAGAUCCCCUCUCCGACACCGACGACUACAACGCCCUGCAUGACUUUCAGCAUUAUGUCGGCUUGGUCGUAGAAGAGUAUGGAGAUGGCUCGCCUGGUCCUGCUGGUCAGGGUCGGCGUGCAAGAGGCUUUGAUUUGGACAGCAAAGUCCAAGUCUUUGAAACUACAAUUCGUGGCUUGGGCGGCCUGCUGAGUGCCCAUCUUUUUGCCAUUGGCGAAUUGCCCAUUCGUGGCUAUGAACCUGACAUCAGAGACGAUGGAAUCCACUGGCCGAAAGGCUUCGUCUACAACGGCCAGUUGUUGCGGCUUGCUCAGGAUCUGGGCGAGCGACUACUACCCGCUUUCCACACCCCGACUGGACUGCCUUACCCUAGAGUCAAUCUUCGCUACGGCACUCCUUUCUACGAGAAUUCACCUCUAAACAAUGAUCCGGAGCAUGGACAGUGUGACAAAACUCAGAAGCCAAAGGGCGCUCGUGAGAUCACAGAAACAUGCAGUGCUGGCGCUGGUAGUCUGGUGCUCGAGUUCACUACUCUGUCCCGUCUGACUAAUGAUGAUCGUUUCGAACGUCUGGCUAAACGUGCUUUCUGGGCCGUCUGGGAACGACGGAGUGCUUCUGGUCUGAUUGGUGCUGGCAUUGAUGCAGAGACUGGCGCUUGGGUUGGCCCUUGGACUGGUAUUGGGGCUGGCAUCGACAGCUUCUUUGAAUAUGCCUUCAAGUCGCAUGUCUUACUAUCUGCUCUGGAAGAGAAAUCAUACAAUGCCACUGAAGAUUCUCCGGAGGCCUUUCUGCAGACCUGGAAAGAUGCACAUUCUGCCAUCAUGCGACAUGUCUACCGUGACGCCUACUUCACGCAUCCACACUACGCCCAGAACGAUUUGUACACGGGAGGGCCACGGCUUACUUGGAUAGACAGUCUGAGUGCUUACUAUCCUGGUCUCCUGGUUCUUGCUGGUGAACUCGAUGAGGCCGUUACUGCUCAUCUUCUAUACACUGCUCUAUGGUCGAGAUAUGGUGCUCUGCCUGAAAGGUGGGAUGCAACUACCGGCGCUAUUCAUGGUGGUCUGAGAUGGUGGGGCGGUCGACCAGAAUUCAUCGAGUCUACGUGGUAUCUCUACCACGCUACGAAGGAUCCUUGGUACCUUCAUAUCGGCGAGAUGGCGUUGCGCGACAUCAAACGCAGAUGCUAUACUAGGUGUGGCUGGGCUGGUCUGCAGGAUGUUCGAACAGGCGAACAAACUGACCGAAUGGAGAGUUUCUUCCUGGGCGAAACUGCAAAGUACAUGUAUUUGUUGUUUGACCCGGACCAUCCUCUUAACACGAUCGACGCACCUUGGGUCUUUACGACAGAAGGUCAUCCGCUGAUCAUCCCAAAGACCAACAGGACAAUCACAAAGCAUCAUCCCGACCGAAAGGAGAAGCAGAUGAGAACGGUGCUGAAAGUUCAAGCGGAACAGUGCCCGAUGCCUCCGGCCUUGCUUCCCCUGACAGUGUCAUCAACUGCUGCCAGGUCAGAUGUCUUUCACGCCGCUUCCCUGGCGCGACUCCAUCUCAUGCCAAUUGGGAACAAACCUGGUGCUCCUUCGCUGGAUUGGGCUUCUGAUCAUCCCAGUGUGACUAUGCUUGGACCUGAAUCUCCAAGCAAUUUCACUUUUUACCCCUGGACUCUGCCUCUCAAUCUAAUUCCCUCAAACGGCUACAGCACCAAAUUGUCCAACAAACCAACCUUUGAUCUUACUUUCCCCACUGUCGCUGGUACUGGUCUUGAGAUUGGAACUCUUCAGAAGAUUGACGGAGGUGUUCUCGUCAACUCAAUUUCCGGGCUGAGAUUUGGUAUGGUAUUAGAAUCACCAGCACCGGAAGAGCACGAGUACAGAAUCUACACUCUCGGUAAUUUUGCGCUUGGACGUGACGAGCACAUUGCAUUGAAUCGGGAUACCUUGUCACAAAUCAAUCCAACAGAUCCACACUUUACGCGUAUGCGCGACGUGGAAGCUAUGGACCUGAUUAUCGAUGUUCCUCAUCCUGAAGAAUCCAUUGUCGAAGCUCUUACGUACAACAACACUGCUUUGAGUGAUCACGUCUUCGACUUCAGUCUCGACAUCGAUCUGGAUGCAUUAGAUGCCACCUCUAUUGGAGUUCUUCCAGAUGCCGACAGUAUAGAUGAUGCGCUUCGUGAUGCAGCCAAACAGCUUCGAUCAAAAUCCACCGCUGCUUUGCCAUCGUCCUCGGAAGCAUCUUCUCGACCGAAGAAAGGCCUGCAGCGCUUCACCACGCCAGCAAUGCUACCUAUAGGGCCUGGCGCUGCUCCAUUACCAGCAGCCAUAGAUUCCUCUCCUGAUCCUCGAAGUCUUUCGACUGGCAACCUUCCUUACACUACCAUCCUCAUCAUUGACUCUGAUCUCUGCAAUUCUUCUCCUAUUCCACUUGAUCUCGUCACGACCCAUACCAUUCUCAUAAUCCGUCGUGGCGGCUGCAGCUUCAGCAAAAAGCUGUCUGCUAUUCCUUCAUUUCCACCUUCCGCCAAAUCUCUGCAAUUGGUCUUGGUCGUAAGUUUUGGAAACGAUCAAGAGACACGACCAUUGGUGGACGAAGUACAAAUGACGCCCAAGGGACUACCAAGACGUCACCCCAUAUGUCUUGCUCUUGUCCCAGGCGGUCAAACUGUUUGGGACACUUUUCUGAGGGGAGCGAAGAUUCCCGGCAUUGGUGUCAGGAGGAGGUAUUAUUUCACCAGCAAUGGUGUGCGGAUUAGCAAUCUCAUUGUCACUUGA